UUUCCAUUUCCUCUCCAUUUUCUAUUCCAUUUUUUCAAUUUCUCCGACGACUCUCCGGCGUCGUAUGGCUGCCGUCCGUUUAUCUUCGUAUAAUAAAGAUCUCCUACUUUGAGCUGAGGAACUCAGCUUGUUGGAUGCAUGGGAUGGCUGUUUUAGGUUGCCAAUUGGAUUGAAAUCAGAUUUACUUCAAUGUACAUAUCAUUUCAUUAACAUGGUCAGAUAUUUGUAGUAUAGGCAGGAGAGUUAGUAGAUGGUUGGAUAUUUGUAGUAUAGGCAGGAGAGUUAGUUUGCUAAAUGAGAUGAGGAAAUUCUUGCGGCCAAUAAUUGUUGUUCUGUUGUUCAGAGUUAACUGGAGGAAACUGUUUGUUAUAGGCACUAUUUUAACAGUGUUUAGGGUCAUUUUUCAAAUUUCCACACUCCCUAAUCCUUUGACUGAAUGGGUUGUAUCUCCACCCUUGGAUGUUUCAUCUUACCAACACUUAAAUCAUGGAAAAAAUUCGAGGGAACUUUCAGUGACAUCAGAUAACCAGUUGAAAAUGAGUAGGCAUUUGCCCACAGUUGUUUCACUCCAAUCUACAGCCACAACAAACCGAUCAAUGCGAGUUCUGGAAAGACGAGAAAGACUUCUUAGGCGUAGGAGACAUAGGAAGCAUGCACGCUCAGUACAGAAGAUUAUUUAUCCACCUCCACCUGUUGUGCCCGAUCACUUGCAGAGAUUUAUAGCUUCUUUGACACCAAAUGAGGCACUUGCAUAUGCUAAAAGUGAGAUUGAGAAAGCCCCUCUGCUCACCAAUGAUACAGACUUGUAUGCUCCGCUGUUUAGGAAUAUUUCCAUCUUUAAGAGGAGUUACGAGUUGAUGGAACUUUUACUCAAAGUUUACAUUUACAAAGAAGGAGAGAGACCUAUUUUCCACGAACCACAUCUUAUGGGAAUUUAUUCUUCUGAAGGAUGGUUCAUGAAAUUGAUGGAGGAAAACCGUUACUUUGUCACUAGGGACCCAGAAAAGGCUCACCUAUUCUAUCUGCCAUAUAGCGCACGUCAGUUGCAGCUGGCACUUUACGUACCUAACUCACAUAAUCUUAAGCCGUUGUCAGUAUUCCUGCGCGACUAUGUCAAUAUGCUAGCUGCAAAGUACCCGUUCUGGAAUCGCACACAUGGAACAGAUCAUUUUCUAGUUGCUUGCCAUGAUUGGGGGCCUUACAUUUUAAAAGAACAUGAGGAGCUAAUUAGAAACACUAUAAAAGCUCUCUGCAAUGCAGAUAUAUCUGAAGGAAUAUUUAAAGCUGGGAAAGAUGUUUCCCUUCCGGAGACUGCCAUAAGGAAUGUGGAGAAGCCGCUUAGAAAUCUUGGUGGAAAAAGAGUGUCACAACGCCCAAUUCUGGCCUUUUUUGCUGGAAAUAUGCACGGUCCAGUCCGUCCCAAACUUCUCCAGUACUGGAGUGACAGAGAUGAAGACAUGAGGAUUUACGGGCCUCUACCCAAUAGAGUCUCAAGAAUUAUGUCUUAUCCUGAACACAUGAAAUCAAGCAAGUAUUGUCUUUGUCCAAUGGGUUUCGAAGUGAACAGCCCAAGGAUCGUCGAGGCAAUAUACUACGAGUGUGUUCCAGUGAUCAUUGCUGAUAAUCUUGCCCUCCCAUUUGACGAAGUGCUCGAUUGGAGUGCUUUUUCUGUGGUUGUUGCUGAGAAAGAUAUUCCUAAGCUGAAGGAGAUUUUGUCAAGUAUAUCUCUCAGACGGUAUUUGGUCAUGCAAAAUAAUGUCAAAAAGCUGCAGAAGCAUUUCCAUUGGAACUCAAUACCUACUAGAUAUGAUCUGUUCCACAUGAUUUUGCAUUCCAUUUGGACUAGCAGGCUCAACCAGCUUCAAGUAUCACAGAUAUCAUAAUCCCUCUCGUUCAAAGUUCUCUCAACUUGCCCGUCUACUCGAUAGAACAGCAAUAUGAACCAUAAGGGCUCUUUUUGACAUUUAUAGGCCGAUAUUUUGAGGAUUGCUGGUGACUAAUUCUCUUCGCUUGUGCACUCUUGAAAUGAUAUGAGGUAGUACUCAACAGAGGUGCAAGGCUUACAGGUCCCAAGUUUUGCACAUGCACAUUACAACCGGAGGAGAAAAGAUAUUGCAGUUUAGACUGUCUCAUGUCAUCAGCAUUUUCACACAUUCUCUCUAUUUUCACAGUUCCUGAGCCGAGGAUCUAUCGGAAACAGCCUCUCUACCCUCACAUGUUAGGGGUAACACGUUAGGGGUAAGGUCUCUGUACACACUACCCUCCUCAGACCCCACUUAGGGAUUUCACUAGAUUUGUUGUUGUUGUUCCCUAUUUUCACAAGGUUUCCGCUGAAGUUGAAUUUUCUUCAGUAUAAACCAAGUUAUCCGUAGAUGAUGCUUGAUUUUUAUUUUCCAGAAGAUACUCUUUGAAAUGAGCUGGGAGUUCAUUCUCAUACAAUUCUAAAGUUAUAGUAGUAUAUAUAGAAAAUGAAUUUACAUUUUUGUAUAAUGCUCUAAUGUCCUACACACCAGACCCCACACGUGGUAUUAUACGGGUUGUUGUUGCUCUAAUGUCCUACACAAUAAGUCCGGAGAAUAUGCAUCUAGUUGGUAAUUGUAUUGAAUACAAUGUAGAAUAUUCAAGUAUACCAGGGAGAGAAAUUCCCAUAUA